AUGGCAUAUUACCGAUCAUCCACCACCAAGCUUGAACGUCCUGUCCAAGUCCUCAACGACGCCUACAUUGAUACGAAAAGGCUCAUAGAAAUGAUGGACGGGUUGUUUCCCUCCGGAGACUACAAAGCUCGGCAUAAGGACAACCGCUGGAUGAUCCAAGCUCCACGACCGCUCACGGACGACGAGAUCGAGUCCAUCUACCAAGAUUCUUCCUCGAUUUAA